AUAACGACGGCUGUGUCCCGGGCACCACAGUUCGUUCGCUGCCACCGUUCUCCGCGUCCGUACGCGUUUUGUGCCAUCACUUUACCCGGCCGCGGGUCGCCAUCGCCGUGCACACACACACACCGCAGCUCCCUUGUCUCCAUAGUUUCCGGACGACGUGUUCAACGUCCAGCCGUCGCCGUCACGCACGCGCCGCCGCGUCCCUCACGGUACCGAUCGUCGUUCGCACCGCCGUGCACGUACACGGCCGACAGUGUCUCUCCUGAUCGCGUCUCGCACGCUCUACCCGUCCGUAUCUCACCAGCCGCGUCCAGUCGUCCCUCUUUCUUCUCGUCACCCGUGCCGUCGUCGUCCAGCUCAACAAGAUGUGCAAGCCAAUCGAUGCGGAGAAGCGCGUGUUAGCCGCCGAGACGUUCCUUCGCUCGUUCUACGGGUCCAGGCUUAUCUCACAUAGUGUGAUACGUUUCAAAACGCCAGUGAAUAUCAGUGAAAUCAAAAUUCUUUCGCCAUCAAAUUACCUGACCAAUUCAAAUGGAGGAAUUAUACUUGGAGCUACAGAGCCAAAUGAAUUUUCUGUUCAAUUUUUUUGCAAUAAUGUUUAUCGCCAAAGCAGAUUUGAGAACUUGGGUAUUUUGGAGUACUCUGAAAAUACUAAUACAAAACUUCUAUGCAACAAUAAUGUUUGGGCUGACAGAUUGGUUAUUUGCGGUAGAUUCUUGGCUAUAACUGUGGUUGUUUCUGGAACACCUGAAAAUCCUGAUGCUACUUCUGUCCAAAGAAGAGAUAGAAGAAUUAAUUUGCCAUUUCCUGAUGCAGCUGGUGGAACAAAUGAAAUUCUGACUUUACCAGAUGAUUACUUUAUGCAUCCAAGUAUUCAAGAUAUACUUGUAGAGUUACAGUCCGAUUCUGAAUCAGCUGCAGAAGAUUCUCGUGAAUCUCAGGAGUCCCAAGAAUCCCAUGAUUCUCAAGAAUCUCAGGAUUCUGAGGGUUCUGAGGAUUCUGAUGAUUCUGAGGAAACUGAGGAUUCUGAUGCCUCUGGGGAUUCUCAGGAUUCUCAGGAUUCUCAUGGUUCUCAUGAAUCUCGCGUUUCUCAUGAAUCUCGUGGUUCUCAUAAAUCUAAUGGUUCUCAUGAUGAACUCCGUGGUGCUCAUGAAUCUCAUGAAUCUGAAGAUUCAUCAUAGGCUCCUGAAGAUUCCUGAAUAUUAUUCCUUUUAUUUUAACAUAAGCAUUUUAUAUUUUACGGAUUUAUAGAUUUAAUCAAUUAUUAUUGCAGUUAAUGGUAUCAUUAUUAAAAGGGCAGAGUAGUCAUCAGGCUUAAUAUUUUUUUUAUUUAUAUAUAUAAA